AACACAACACAGAGAGAAAGAGGUCAUGAUCUAGGUCCGGUCUGCCACCCUCCUACCCACGGUCAUGAUCUUCUAUCUCACCAGCUUAGUCAAAAUCAUCCUUAUCCCAUCUUCACAAUAGCACCUCCUAUUUCCUCUUCCUCUUCGAAAAGUACAAGAAUCCCAUAUUUCUUUUCUCAAGGAUAAUGGCAAAGCGAUCAUUCAGUCGUUUUGUUGAACAAGAUCUAGGGAAGUUCCCUCAUUUCUUGGUCUACGCCGUCCUUGAAUGGUUUUUGAUCAUUCUGCUUUUUGUUGAUGGAUUUCUCGCCUUUGUCACCAAUGAAUUCGCCAAGCUCUUUGAACUUCAAAUCCCCUGCUUGUUCUGCACCAGAAUCGACCACGUUCUUGUCCACAGAAACCAUGACUUCUACUACAAUGAAUCCGUUUGCGAGGCUCACAAGAAGGAUGUCUCCUCCCUGGCCUACUGCCACAAUCACAAGAAGCUAUCCGACAUUCGGAAAAUGUGUGAAGCUUGCCUCCUUUCUUUCGCCACUGAGAAGGAAUCUGAUUGUGGUACCUACAAGUCCCUAGUUGGAAUUCUUCACAAGGAUCUGGAAUGCUUUGUAGAAGAUGAUCACCACCAUAUUCAUCUUAGUCUGCCUGCACCAAGGGUCAGGGACGAGGCUUUUCAGAUUGAGAAGAGUGACAUUAUCCGGUGUUCUUGUUGUGGGGAAUUCUUAAAGACGAAGACGAAAUCAACCUCCUAUUCUAAAGGAAGACACGUUAGUACAUUUUCACAGGCUCCAGCUCCAUCUCCACGAGCUCCAUUUUCUUCCAUACAAAGGCCUAGAGAAGUUAAACUUAUGGGUGAUUCCGAGUUUCUGGAAGAAGAUAAUGGAUCCCAAGCUAUUACUUCUGCUUCUCAAUUAAGGGAAGAGGUCAAAGCUGCUAUGGUGCCAUUACUAACAGAAGCUGAUGAUUUGAAUGAUGAUACCAAUAAGACCCCAAAUUUUGUAAGAGGAAACAGGUUUUUUGGAAUCCCACUUACAGAUUCAGCUUCAAACAGUCCAAGGUAUGGUGUGAAGAUUUCAAGGAAAUCACCACUGGAGAAAACAGAGUUUGCUUCUGAGUCAAUGGAAGUGAUUGCUCAAAGUCAAAACAACAUGGAUAUCGAUUCGGUGUUGCAUGGUUUGAAGAGGCAAGUUCGGUUGGACAGGAAAUCGCUGAUUGCGCUGUACAUGGAACUGGAUGAAGAAAGAAGCGCUUCGGCCGUGGCAGCUAACAACGCGAUGGCGAUGAUAACUCGGUUACAAGCAGAGAAGGCAGCUGUUCAGAUGGAGGCCUUACAGUAUCAGAGAAUGAUGGAGGAGCAGUUUGAGUAUGACCAAGAAGCUCUACAAGAUACAAACGAUUUGCUUCUCAAAAGAGAUGAUGAAGUGAAGGCUUUAGAGGCUGAAUUAGAGGCUUAUAGAGAAAAAUAUGGAUGCUUUAAGGAAGAGGGUUUCUGCCAAGAUGAGGCUGGUGGUGAUCAGCAAGAUGCUAAAGAACAAUCCUUGCCUUUCAUUGGAAGAACUGAAUCAGGAAGCUCUCAUUUUAGCUUGAAUAUAGACGAGGCUAACGGCAUAUUUGGGCGCAAUUCUGACCAAUCUGUCUCAACACUAGGGGAAAAUGGAGGAGAAAUCAUUGAUGAACCUGUAAUUAAAGAUUUUAAAGAGGAGAAAAUCUCUAUCAUUGGAAGGAGAAAGCUGGACAAGCAAAAUCACUUGUCUGAAAAUGGAGUUAAUUUAUUGCAAUCCAGCAGUGACGGUGAGAAAGAUAACAAACACAUAUAAAAGAUUAAGCAAUUUUUUUACUUGUAUACAUACAGACAUACAUAUAUAUAUAUAUAUAUAUAUGGUGCUAUAAUAUCUUAUAUGGUUUUAAAUGUCAUUUGACAGAGACUAACUCCCCAUAAAUUGACAAGAAUGGAAAGUGGACUUCUCAUUCAGAGGAUUCAGAACUAUGAGAUGUAAUUUCAAAGAAAUAUAGCUAUUUGUACAGUCAUCGUAUUAAUGGUAUAAGAAAUGAUGAUAGGCUGGUUUCAUGGUAUUUUCUGAUAUGUAAGGUUGGGACUUGGGCAUGGGAGUGGGAUGGUCCCUUUAGAACUGCUAUCUU